AUGGACAGAGUCAAGAACCGCUUCAAUCGGUCUUCAUGGUACUGUCCUCACUAUGACUAUUUCUCCUCGGUCGAGAAGGAUAUCUCUCCUUCGAACCUGGGUCCAGAAUACGUCGGCUUUGAUCAUAUGACAGGGUACGUCGGUAAUGCUAAGCAGGCUGCAAGCUACUCCAUUACCCUCCUGGAUUUCGAGCAUGUUGCAUAUCGGGGGCCUGGGACCAGUUCUCGAACAUAUGCUCGUGACGAAAAGCCCUCUCUGGCUGAGAUCCAGGCCCACUUGGCCAAGCACGGAGACGGGGUCAAAGAUGUCGCGUUCCGGAUCGAAGGUGACGUUGAGAGUGUCUGGAAGAGAGCGGUCGACAACGGUGCAACCUCAAUCGCGUCGCCCCCGACGCUAGUAAAUGAGGAGAAUGGCAGUCUCCUUAUGGCCACAGCAAACUCUAUCAAUCAGCUCCUUCCGCCGAUUGACUUCGUCGAAAUCAACCAUUGCGUGGGGUGUCAGCCAUCGAAUGUCGUUGAUUCUGUGUGUCUCGACUUCCAUCGAUACUGGACCGGUGGUGACUCGAACAUGUGCGGAGAGUACUCAGCCAUGCGCUCCAUCGUCGUCGCGUCCCCCAAUGAAGUAAUCAAGAUGCCCAUGAAUGAGCCAGCAUCUGGGGAGAAGAGGUCUCAGAUCGAGGAUUCGUGGAACAGUGCCGGCGUACAGCAUAUGGCCUUUCAAACGCACGAUAUUGUCACGGCCGUCACCGGACUCAAGCAGCGUGGCAUGGCGUUCCUGCGCAUAGCAGAGGAAAUCGACAGAUUGCGAGAGCUGCACAUCCUGGUCGACUUCGACGAGAAGGGCUACCUGCUUCAGUUCUUCACAAAGCACGUACUGGAUCGACCAACUGUGUUUCUCGAGGUGAUUCAGCGCAACAAUUUCGACGGGCACCAUUUUACUCCCUACAGUACACGGUAAGGAAGGAGGAUUAAUUCCGCAUCGCCGGCAAGGAAAAUAGCCGGGGGCGGAAAGAGGGCGCGUUGGC